AUGUUUAAAGAUGAUGCUUUGAUUAACAAUUUUGGAGGGAAUGGUAUUUUUUUAGUUUCAAAGAUUGUAAACCUUCUGGCUGCAUUGGAGUUCGUUCAGAAGGAAAUUCAGUGUUUUGGUGGAGAUCCUAACAAUGUUGCUGUGAUGGGUCACUCGAGUGGAGCUGUUGCGGCGGCGCAAUUUUCAUUCUCGAAACAGAUCGACCCACAUUCG